CAUCCUGUAUGAUUGCAGACGAUAAAUAUAACAGAAAUCGGUAAUUUACUUACUUGCUUUCCUAUGUUUUUGUCGAGGAAAAGACUGAAUUGUUAAAUUUGGCAGACUUUAUCUUGAUAUGGAAGACGCUGGGAUAUCUAACAUCACACACAAUUCCUGUGGUGUUAGCACCACAUCCUUUCAGUCGUCUCUACAGAGGCCCCCGUCCUACAGUGAGGCUAGAUUAGACCCGCAAUCAUUGUUACAUGUUCAAGGUCAGCGCGGUCAGUUCGAUCCCUACAUGGAAUCUAAGUCACAGUUGGCGACAAAACUGUCCAGAAAUUCUGCUCUACCAAUAAACGUUGGCAACAGCCCGCGACAGCAGAUCUCUGAUACAAGCACACAAAUCUUCAGCCUUGACAGCUCUGUCAGUGAACCUGUAUGCCGGAUUUGUCACGGGACCUCUAACACGGAGCAGCUGAUGUCCCUGUGUUACUGCGCGGGGUCUAUCGGUCUGAUGCACGUGUCCUGUCUACAGAGAUGGUUAGGGUCCUCAGACAAAACCCAGUGUGAACUCUGUCACUUCAACUUCGUCAUGGAGAGGAGGCCCAAACCAUUUUAUAUGUAUUUAUCCAACCCUGGUACUGCGGGAGACAGAUGGCGCCUUGUGUUUGAUAUAGUGUGUCUGUGUCUUUUGUCGCCCACCACGUUAACAGUGGUGUCCCUGUGUAUUUACGGCGCAUCCUUAUACCCUCCCUACAGAGCGGAAUUUGUGGGUCUUCUAACACUAGGCAUACUCCUACUAGUUCUGUUCUCCGUGUGGUUAGGGAUAUGUCUACGCAUGAACAUAACCAAAUGGAAAGAAUGGAAACAAUUUAACCAAAAAGUAAAAUUGAAAUGUAGCCCACCAAAGGACGACAACAGGUACACCCAAAGAUCCCAAGAGGCGGGCUUACAGUCCACAGGAAAAGCUGUAACAAGACUGGGGUCACAGAUGGGGAUGAAGAUAAGCAGUAUAGAAAUCAAAGUAAUAACCCAAAGCGAAGACAACAGACCUGUCGCAGCGUCAGAUGACUCUGUACUGAAGAAACCGCCAGGAAAACGAGGCAUGGCGUCUGUUUCACGACCCAUUCCUCCAAUCUCCCACAAUUCCCAGUACUGUAGCACGCAGAGUUCAUUUGUCCCCGAGACUAGACGGAGUCCCGAUAAGUCUGACGAAAUCCCUACAGAACAGUGCGCCGGGAACUACGUCUCAUCCUCAUCCUCCAGGGAGAGUUCUUCAAUAGGCCAGCAUAGAAGAAGGUUGACCCCUGUAUACCUGGGCGGACAUCAUAGACGGUACUCCAGGACAUCUUCUGCAGAGGAAUCACGAUGUCCCGAAUCUCUUUACAGUUCCUCGUCACGAGAAAACGGCAGUCGGAUAUCUAGCACACCUCGUAAUAUGCCCGACCCACAGGCCAGGUUAUCAUUCCCAGUGCAUGAAGUUAAAUCGCCUGGAGUACAUGACUAUAAUUCGACUGUUGUGUAUCCUCAGGAAAGAUACAUCUAG